UUUUUUAUGUCCUGUUAUACAACAGCUGUCCACUAGGAGGCAGUAUUGUUCAGUGACACAAUCCUUCUGCUUUCACCAAUGAAGAAGUAGCACACUGCUGAAUGUCUGGGACCAUGGCGGCCUCCUUGAGAAGAAGCUUCUCCCCGUUUGUCAAGGCCCUUGGAGCUUCCAGGUGGCAACAGUUGGCGUCCCGACAGCUGAGCUUGUCGGCUGGUCUUUGUGGUCCAGAGACCCCACCAGCUCGUGCUGAUGCCACCUUCAAGGUCACCAUGAUUCCAGGGGAUGGAGUUGGACCCGAGCUAAUGACUGCGGUCAAGGACGUCUUUAAGGCAGGUGAUAUCCCGGUUGAAUUUGAGGAGUUUCAUCUUAGUGAAGUGCAGAACAUGGCCACUGAGGACAAACUGGAUCACGUCCUGACGUCUAUGAGGAACAAUAAAGUAGCCAUUAAAGGGAAGAUUCACACACCCAUGGAGUUCAAAGGAGAACUGGCUUCAUAUGAAAUGAAACUGAGGCGUAAACUGGACCUGUUUGCUAAUGUGGUUCACGUGAACAGCCUGCCUGGUUACAGCACGCGCCAUAAUAACCUGGAUCUGGUCAUCAUUCGUGAGCAGACGGAGGGGGAGUACAGCUCCCUGGAGCAUGAGAGUGUACCAGGAGUCAUUGAAUGUUUGAAGAUCAUCACCAGAGAGAAGUCACGGCGCAUCGCCAAGUUUGCCUUCGACUACGCCACCAAAAAGGGCCGAAACAAGGUCACUGCCGUCCACAAAGCCAACAUCAUGAAAUUAGGGGAUGGCUUGUUCUUGCAGAGUUGUGCAGAAGUGGCCCAGCUGUACCCCAAAAUUAAAUAUGAGAACAUAAUCAUUGAUAAUUGCUGCAUGCAGCUGGUCCAAAACCCGUACCAGUUUGACGUGCUCGUGAUGCCCAACUUGUAUGGAAACAUAAUCGAUAACCUGGCUGCCGGGCUGGUGGGAGGAGCAGGAGUCGUUCCGGGAGAAAGCUACAGCGCAGAAUACGCUGUUUUUGAGACCGGUGCACGACAUCCCUUUGCACAAGCCGUAGGAAGAAACAUCGCCAACCCCACAGCCAUGCUGCUCAGUGCUGCUAACAUGCUGAGGCACCUCAACCUGGAAUAUCACUCCCAGAUGAUUUCAGACGCUGUCAAGAGAGUCAUCAAACAAGGAAAGGUUCGGACACGAGACCUUGGGGGGUACUCGACCACCGGAGACUUUGUGCAUGCUGUAGUGGAAAACCUGCGGCACCGACCUGUUCACUAAGAUGUUCUUCCAGUCCCACAUUUCCCUCCCGAGUCCCGGACAGUGAUCCUGACAUGAACUGAGUUCAUGUCAAGACUCAACUCCCAUGUGACCUUGUGUUGUAACUUCAGCAGGUUAUUUUGUGUGUGGUUGUUGGAUAAGUGGAAACAGCAGACGCUUCUGGUUAAUGUACAUCCAUGUGAGGAUUUAUAUCAGUCUGCUGUUUCCUCUCAGGAUACAUGUUCACCUUCCAUCAAAUUUCAUUUGCUUCUUUUUUUUUUUUUUUUAUGUCUGAUUUAUCUACAUUUGCAGUCACAUUUCCAUCUAUCAUCCUUUCAUAUCAACUAAUGUGCUUUCAUCUCUCAGAAUCUGUAAAUGUUUAGCUGACAUUCUGCUGUCUUGUCACCAAAGAUAUCCGUUUCUGUUCUAACAAAGUGAAGCUCCUGCAGCGCCAACAGGAUAUUUAUUGUUGUUCAGUGACUUUUUAUGACAACUCGGUAUCUGUGCUUCGUUGAGCAGAGCACAAAAUUCAUUUCAGAAAACUGUAAACUCCCUGUUUUUUUCUUUUUGGCAGCUACUAACAUUUUUCUAUCCUCUUAGCUUCCAUUAAACUGUUUCCUGCAUAAACAGUGGACUGUUGAAUGGAUUCAUCUGUAACAUGGUUUGAGUUGAUAAAAUCAGAUCUUAAA